GAACAACAAAGCACAGAGGAAAAUGACUUUGCUAAGGACCGUUAUGGUGUAUCAGCAAUGGUCCAGUCCCAACAAAAACUGGACAGGAAACUGGUACGUGUCCAAGACCUUACUCCUGAGAUGGCUGAUCAACUAAUUUGGAUACGGGCCCGAGUACAUACCAGCAGAGCAAAAGGGAAACAGUGCUUCUUGGUCCUGCGUCAACAGCAGUUUAACGUGCAGGCUCUGGUCGCAGUGGGAGGUCAUGCCAGCAAGCAGAUGGUCAAGUUUGCAGCAAACAUUACCAAGGAGAGCAUCAUAGAUGUGGAGGCAUCAGUGAGGAGAGUGGAGCAGAAGAUUGAGAGCUGUUCCCAGCAGGAUGUGGAGCUCCACAUUGAGAGGAUUUAUGUCAUCAGCCAGGCAGAGCCUCGUCUGCCUCUUCAGUUGGAAGAUGCAGUCAGGCCUGAUGGAGAAGGCGAGGAGGAAGGCAGGGCCACUGUCAACCAGGACACCAAGCUGGACAAUAGGGUGAUUGAUCUCAGGACUACCACCAGCCAGGCUAUCUUUCGCCUGCAGUCUGGAGUGUGCCAGCUCUUCAGAGACACCCUCACCAAAAAGGGCUUUGUGGAGAUCCAGACUCCUAAAAUCAUAUCAGCUGCCAGUGAAGGUGGAGCAAAUGUCUUCACGGUGUCCUACUUCAAAACCAGCGCCUACCUGGCCCAGUCUCCCCAGCUCUACAAGCAAAUGUGCAUCUGUGCAGAUUUUGACAAGGUUUUCUGUGUUGGCCCAGUUUUUAGGGCUGAGGACUCCAACACCCAUCGUCACUUGACUGAGUUUGUGGGCCUGGAUAUUGAAAUGGCUUUCAACUACCAUUAUCACGAGGUGAUUGACUCAAUCACUGACACCAUGGUGCAGAUCUUCAAAGGCCUGAGAGACAACUUUCAGACAGAGAUCCAGACGGUGAACAAGCAAUUUCCAAGUGAGUCUUUCAAAUUCCUGGAGCCAACUCUAAGGUUAGAGUACACAGAGGCCUUGGCCAUGCUUCGUGAGGCAGGGGUAGAGAUGGGCGACGAGGACGACCUCAGUACACCCAAUGAAAAGCUGCUUGGUCGGCUUGUCAAAGAAAAGUAUGACACUGAUUUUUAUGUGCUGGACAAGUACCCACUGGCUGUAAGACCCUUCUACACAAUGCCUGAUCCCAACAACCCUAAAUACUCCAACUCAUAUGACAUGUUCAUGAGGGGUGAGGAGAUCCUUUCUGGAGCUCAGAGAAUUCAUGACGCUCAGCUGCUGACUGAAAGGGCAAUCCAUCAUCAGAUUGAUCUGGAGAAGAUCAAGGCAUACAUUGACUCCUUCAGGUAUGGAGCUCCCCCACAUGGAGGUGGAGGCAUUGGCCUGGAGAGAGUUUGCAUGCUUUACCUGGGUCUCCACAACGUGCGCCAAACAUCCAUGUUCCCAAGGGAUCCUAAGCGCCUUACACCCUGAACUUUGAAACACAUGAACUAACCUUCUACUCAUCAGAUUAAAAAACAAAUGCAGGUGAUGGUAAACAUACACAAUACGAUGAAUGACAGGGAAAAGGAGCUUUGAAUAUGAUGUUCCACUUGAUUUACCAUCAAGACUAGGGAAUGAGGCAGAAUUAGCAGAACAGUUUAUUUUGAUAAUUGGUCUACAUGGUUGUCUUACUACAAUAAAUGAUAUUUACAUGCAGUGAUGAUUUUCUGUAAAGCUGCAGACAUGCUUUAAUCAAACGUUUAUCAAAGUUCUUUUCUGUUGGGACGUUACAUAGCUCAGUCCACCAUAUUUUCAGCACAGAGAGGGGACUUUAAAUAGUGGGCUCCAACUGUACGCCUGUAACAGCAUAUGUUUUGUAAGUAAUCUGAGAUCCUAACAGAAUAAAGUAACUUCUAAAACCUUAAAA